AUGCUCCAGGUCCAGCACAUCACGGGCUCUGAACCUGCUGCCGCAGCAGCAUCACCUCAAGGAAGCUCUUCUGUGACACCGGGGAACUCGAGCUCGGGCAGUUUGUUCAUCUCCCUGGAACAGCAGACUGAGGAGAAGUACCUGGAGAUGCUGGCUGCCAGUGCUGUGCUCUCAGAUAAGACCUGCUACUUUCGGGGGGAGGAACUCUGGCUGGUGCUGGAGUACAUGGACGGAGGCGCCCUGAGCGAUAUCAUCAGCAGGACCUCCCUGUGUGAAGAUGAGGCAGCAGCCAUCAGUCGGGAGUGUUGGCAAGGACUGCAUUUUCUUCACUCAAACCAUGUGAUCCAUCGAGAUGUGAAGAAUGACAACAUCCUUCUCAGAACCGACGGUUCUGUCAAGCUGGGUGAUUUUGGCCUCUCUACUCAGCUCAGCCCUGAGCAGAGCAGACUACUCAGCUCAGCCCUGAGCUGCUCGGUAGUCGGGACUCCUUGGUGGCUGGCGCCAGAAGUGCUGACAGGUCAACCAUAUGGUCUCAAAGUGGACAUAUGGUCUUUUGGAAUUGUGGGGAUUGAAAUGAUCAAACAAGAACCUCCCUACUGGAACCAAAGUCCCAUCAUGGCUACACAACUGAUAGCCACAGUAGGGACCCCACGGCUGCAGCAGCCCAACCGAUUCUCGCCUUGCCUGCGUGACUUCCUGAGCUGCUGCCUGCAGAGAGACAAGGAGCAGCGCUGGUCUGCCAGGGAGCUCCUGCAGAACAUCAAGGCAGAGCUGCAGAAAACUGACGCUAGGAUCAAGGCAUUGGAGAAGAGGCUUCAGGAAGACAUGAAAAUCAUCAGAGAGGAAGCUAUCUGCCUCCCUCAGGCUCAGGCUCCAGAAAAGCAAGUGUUUCCACAGUGGAACAUGGUGACCCAGAUGGAAGACUGA